AUGGGUGCGCUGCUCGUGACACUGCUGCAGUGCCGCAACAACCAGUCUCUUUACCCGAACCUCAGCGCCACACACCACAACCAGUAUGUUUCGUGUCGGCAGCCGUGCUCGGUGCCGCUGCUGGCCGAUGCGCGCGCCUACGGCCGGCAAUCGCACCAACAUAGCUCGCUCAUGACCUCGACCACCGCCACGAUGCCGACGGACGCGGCGGGUGAUGAGGCCACUUCUGGGCCACCGGUGGCGAGGCGCGUGCAGUCCACUCACGCAGGCACCCCGUCCUCAACAUCCUUCGCUGGUGCUGUGAGUGACAUGCGAGGCGCUGACAAGCAACCCGUCAACCUUUCCAAGGUCUGCCAGGACGGAGGCGCCACGGGGGCCACCACGGUCGAUGCCGACGGCGAUGCGGCAGCCGCGAUCUCACGCCUGCUCGCCACCAAGUCAACGCCGACGCCGGCGGUGGGCAACGCUCUCUGCACCAACACACUCCCCACAGUCCCACCGCUGUCAUCGGCACGGAUGGCGAGCCCCCCCUCGGCCACACCGCCGACGCAGCCUCAAAACUGCCCCUCCCUGCCCUCCGCAACGGUGUUCAUGCCCAGUGCCACGGCCGCCGCCCCUCUGGCACCGACUGCACCGUUGAAGAGGCAGUGCAGCAACGACGCGGAGUCGCGCCUCGCCAUGCUGUUGCCAGCGACCUCGAUGCCGAUGCCGACGCCGACGCUUGCAGCGGCCGGUGGGCUGUCGCUCACGUCGCAGGAUGCGCCUGUUGCGACGGACUGCGACACCGUGAAGAGGAUGGCCUUGCCAGGUGACAACGCUGCCGCCGCGAGGCCGGGGGCAGCGAACAACGCAGGCGGCAACGUCGACAUCGAUGACGACGAGCUUGGCCCGAUGGACUGCGCAGACGCGUUCCAAUACUUCUUCGACGAGGACGAAGGGGUGUACCGGGACGUCGAGAGCGCCGUCUACGCGGCGCCGCAGAUGGCGCAUGUGUCGAUGCCCGUGUUGCGCGACCACUACCUAAGCCUGCGUACGGCUCUGUGCACGGAGAAGUCGUCAGCGGCGCUGACGACACCGUCGGUGCCACCGCUUCAAGGUGGCAGCGUGGCGCCCACCAUCCCAAGCAUCUUUCUGCUAGGCGCCUCCGCGAACGCCGGCGGCGGGGGCGUGGCGAUCAAGAUGGCCGCAUGGUCUCUGGCGCAGCAGCCACCGCCACAGCAAGCGUUGAAAGCACUCGGCCGCCCUCAGCAAACUCCGCUGAACCUCCAUGAUGCGCUGCACGCGAGCCUAACACGCGCGCUGCUAGAGACGGGAGAGGACCUUGACGACAAUGCGCACAACGCCGCGACGGCGAACGAUGUGGCGGCGGCGGAUGCCCCGUCGGGGCUGCCGCCCGGUGCCGGGCGCUUCGUCUCACUGGUGCAGGAGAUGGCGGCCGCGUGCCGCCGCAUCGGCGCCGCGCCGUUCGUCUGCUGGCGCAGCAUUGAUCGCGUGACGGCGCUGCCGCCGGAAAACCCGCUGUGGCGGCGGCUCCACAACGGCGGCGGCGGCCGGGUGGACAACGCGCACGGCGAAGCCGAGGACGACACGUCGUGCCCGCCAGUGAGCGAUGCGCCGCGCAAGCGCCGCUCGCACCCCUCCGCUCUCCCAGACGGCGUUGGCGGCAGCGGCACCGAAGCUCAUCCAUCCUCGUCGCAGCAGCAGUCCGAGUCGCUGUCGCUCUACUACCUUGGCCCGCAGCAGUACAUGACCGCGACUGUGUGGUGGUCGCGCGUGGAGGCAUUCGGCUUCGGUCUUCGCAGCAUGGGCCUGCACCCUGGUGACCUGAUCGGCAUCGUGGAAGACACACGAUGGGAGUGGCUGGUCACGUGCUACGCGGCUUGGAGCGUUGGGCUCGUGGUCGUCGUCUUCGACAGCUCGGCGCGGACCAUGGCACGGGUCGCCAUGGACACCGCCCCUGAUAUGAAGGCACUCGUGUGUAGCCCCAUGGUGCAUCGCGAUGUGCGCCGGCACUACGACGCCGCCGCCGCAGCGGCGGCAGCGGCGGCUCGAAGCGCUCGCGCGCCCGCCCCCGUUACACCCACGGCAUCAUGCGACAUGACGGACUGCUACGGCGGUGAGGAGGACAACGACCAACACUCGCAUAGCGCGUGCGCGAGCGGCGAGGCAGCGGCCGCGACAUGGACGGGCCAACGUGGCAAGCACGACAGUGCCGAGGCGACCGCGCCGUCCGAGCGCACUGCGGCGAAGCCGCGAACGAAACAGCCUGCACCCCCACCCAUGUUUAUCGUAAUCCGCUCCGCCGGGCCUCCGCGCGGCGGCCGCAGCGACGGCGGUGACGGUCGCGCGUCAGCCACCGCGGCACCGCGACCUUGGUGGUCGCGCACGAGCAUGCGCGAGCGGCAGCCGUCGCACCAGGCCCACGGCGUGACGGCGGAGGGGCACGAUGAAGUCGUGGACGCAGAAGAGGAAGACGAAGAAGAGGAGGCGCUCUGGUGGAGCGACGUCCUCAUGCAUGGUGAGACGAAACUCAAGGUAUGGCGUCAGCGCAAGCUGCGAGAGCGGCGGCUGCAGCAUCAGCAGCAGGCCCGUCUACGCCACCUGAAGCCGCAGCAACGCGGUGCACGCGCCGGCGUUGGUGGGAAUGCGGUCGCGUCCUCGCCGCCGUCCAGCGCCUCCCUCCGUCGUCCUCGUUUAUGUGGCGGGAUCGGCACGGAUGACCUGCGCGGCGCCACGUCCGCGGCGGCAGCCUCGCAGGACGGGAGUACCACAUCUGUGGCCACCAGCACCCAGCCCGGCCCCACCGAGGCUGUCAGUGAUAGCGGUACCGCAACAGCGUGCGCGACGUCCUGCGCGGCGAACACGAUGCCCAUCAUGCUGGUCGGUGCCGCCGCCGCCGCCACGAGGGAUGGCAAGAGCGGCGGCAGCGCGAGUUUCUCCUCCAACGAUGCAGCAAGGCGCGCGUUGGUGCCGCUGCGCGAACGGAAUGCACUAACAGAGUCGCCUCCGCGCGGGAGCAGCGGUCGCUCGCUAAGCACGCUGCCAGCGGCAUCGGCUCUGGCAGGCAGCGCCCCAACGAUCGCCGCGCCGCUGAUGAUGAUCGAUGACGGCCCGCCGCAGCUGCCACUGGCACCUCUCCAGCCAGACGACCUCGCCUUUAUCCUCUACACGGAAGGCGAUCCCAAAGGCGUCCUCCUCACGCAUGGCGCCGUCAAGGCAUCCGUGGCUGCGCACCACGAAUACCUUAACUCGACCGACGUCGACGGCGACGACGGGCUGCGUCGCGUGGCUGGCGGGUGCGACGCGCUUACCGGCACUGCGACCACCAGCAAAAACAGCGGCAGCACCGCAGAGAGCACCGGACGUGGUGGGCAGGGCAGCAGUCGCAUAGCCCGCUACACGACGGCCUACAUGCCCGCGCUGCGCUCGCGUACAGCGCCAGCCGGGCGGCCGUCGUACAUGGCGUACCUCCCUCUGCACGACAUCUGCGAGUUCGUGGCGGAGACGGCAUCGCUCCUGCGCGGCCUCCUCGUGUGCUACGGCACGCGCCGCACCCUCUUCGACACGUGGGCACGUCCGCAUGGCGACCUCACCGAGUACAAGCCCACCAUCUUUCCUGCUCUGCCGGCGACACUGGCGCGCCUGCGCCGCACCGUGGAGUCGAUGGUGUCCACGGGGUAUCGCCAGCUGCUGUUUGAAGCCGCCUACGAGGCGCGGCGGCAGGCAGUGCGGCGCGGUUUGCACACACCGUUCCUGCUCUCCACCAUCUUCGCUCCCUCGCGCAAGCUGCUCGGUGGUCGCUGCCGGCUCGUGCUUAUCCGCGGCGGGCCUGGCGCCGCCGCACUGCACCCACGGGACCAAGAGUACGUCGAGGUCGUGUGCGGGGCGUCCCUCGUCCAGUCGUACGGUGUCGCGGAGACUGCUGGCUGCGGACUGCAACAGGCGUACUGCGCGACGCAGCUCGACUCGAUCGGCGGCCCGCUGGGACCGGUGCACGUCAAGAUGCGCGACGUCUUCGCCACCGGCGCCACCUUUGUUGGGAGCGCCGCCACCGCAGCGGCAGCCUCGGGCAGUGGAUGCAGUCCUGGUUGGCGCGUCUGGACCCAUCAGUCAGAGCGACCAACAGGUGAGCUGUUGCUGCGCGGCCCCACCAUCAUGGCCGGAUACUACCGGCAACCGGAGAAGACGGCAGCGGUGCUGGAGAAGAGCGGCUGGCUGCACACCGAGGAAGUCGUAGAGCGCUGCCCGGAUGGCUCUUUCCGUCGCAUCGCCUCCCUGCGCCCGCACCACGCCACGACGAGCAACGGUCACUGCGUCGCCCUCGAGCCACUCGAGGCGCUCUACGCGCAGCACCCGCUCUGCCUGGAGGGCGGGGUCUGCGUGCUGGUGCAUCCGUAUCGGCGGUACGUCUGUGCUCUCGUCCUUACUGAUGAGCACCAUCUGCGCAACUUUCUUCAGACAACCGCCGCGGCUGCGGCGACACUGCCGUCGCCGCACUCUCAACCGACUUCGCCCACCUCGCCGCUGCCGUCGUCGCCCUCACCGCAACGGCUGCUGAACUGGGCUGCGUUAUUAGCCGGUGAGGGCUGGCCACAGUGCCUGGGCGAUCCGGCGCUGAACCAGGCCGCUGCCGCCUCGCUCGCGGCGUGGGCGACGCAGCACGGCGAGGCCGCCCCGCACGAGCGCGUGCGGCAUGUCCGUGUCCUGUACGACGUGUGGGACGUGGCGCAUCACACACGCACCGCAACGGGGCGGUUGUUCCGCCCUGCGAUCCACUAUCGCUACAGCGGCGUCAUCCAGGAGCUCUUCGCGGAAGAGGACUGA